GCCCGACAACCUUGACAUAACUCGCAUAAGUAGAGCAUGUGGGGAUCGAAAAGAAAACAAUAAGUAAAGAAAAGAUGUUGGGUCUUGCCGCCACCACCACCACCACCGCCGCUAACACCGCGAACGCUGCCUACAAUCGAGCUCUUUGCGUUGUCCAACUCUGCAACUCUCUACAGCCCAGCCACUUCUCUCAGCAGCCUUCAGUAGUUUUCUUUCGUAUUCCUUCUUCGUCUUUGCGCUCUAAUAUCAGACCAAUCAGUGCGAUGGCCGAGUCGGAUACCGUAUUGGUCUCGAAGUCAGAAUCUUACUCUUCGAGUUCUGGAAAGAAGCAAGUUCUGAUUUCAUUGUCAGAUAAGGGGGAUCUGGCAUCCCUUGGUAGUGGACUUCAAGCAUUAGGGUAUACUAUUGUUUCAACUGGAGGAACUGCAUCUGCUUUAGAAGAAGCUGGGGUCUCUGUGACCAAAGUGGAACAAUUGACCUGUUUCCCAGAAAUGCUGGAUGGUCGUGUAAAAACUUUACAUCCUAAUAUUCAUGGGGGUAUUCUUGCUAGAAGAGACCAAAAGCAUCACAUGGAAGCUCUAAAUGAGCAUGGGAUUGGGACAUUCGAUGUAGUGGUGGUGAACCUGUAUCCUUUUUAUGACAAGGUUUCUGCUGCUGGUGGAAUAUCAUUUGAGGAUGGAAUAGAAAACAUUGACAUUGGUGGCCCUACCAUGAUCAGAGCCGCUGCAAAGAAUCACAAGGAUGUUUUGGUGGUCGUUGACUCAAGUGACUAUCCUGCACUUUUGGAAUUUCUGAAAGGAAACCAAGAUGACCAACAAUUCCGCAGGAAACUUGCUUGGAAGGCCUUUCAGCAUGUUGCUUCUUAUGAUUCUGCAGUUUCUGAGUGGAUGUGGAAGCAGACCGUUGGAGAUAAAUUUCCUCCCAGUUUAACAGUCCCUCUCUCUCUGAAAAGUUCUCUUCGUUAUGGUGAAAAUCCUCAUCAGAAAGCUGCAUUUUAUGUUGACAAGAGUCUUUCUGAGGUUAACACUGGUGGUAUUGCUACUGCUAUACAGCACCAUGGAAAGGAGAUGUCUUAUAAUAACUAUCUAGAUGCCGAUGCAGCUUGGAACUGUGUCUGUGAAUUUAAAAACCCUACAUGUGUAGUUGUUAAGCAUACAAAUCCUUGUGGUGUUGCUUCACGGGAUGAUAUCCUUGAAGCAUAUAGGCUUGCUGUGAAAGCAGACCCAGUAAGUGCAUUUGGUGGGAUAGUGGCCUUCAAUGUAGAAGUUGAUGAGGCUCUUGCAAAAGAAAUCAGAGAAUUUAGAAGCCCAACUGAUGGUGAAACACGGAUGUUUUAUGAGAUAGUGGUUGCACCUAAGUACUCAAAGAAGGGUCUUGAGAUCCUCCGUGGCAAGUCAAAGACUCUGAGGAUUCUUGAGGCAAAAAAGAAUGAGAAAGGAAAACUCUCACUUAGACAAGUUGGUGGAGGCUGGCUAGCCCAGGACUCCGAUGAUUUAAUCCCUGAAGACAUACAAUUUAAUGUAGUCUCAGAGAAAUCUCCACAAGAAAGCGAGCUUCAUGAUGCAGAGUUUGCAUGGUUAUGUGUCAAGCAUGUAAAGAGCAAUGCUAUUGUAAUAGCUAAGAAUAACUGUAUGUUAGGGAUGGGGAGCGGCCAGCCAAACCGCUUGGAGAGUCUUCGGAUAGCUUUCAGAAAAGCAGGAGAAGAUGCCAAAGGAGCAGCGUUGGCCAGUGAUGCUUUCUUCCCAUUUGCUUGGAAUGAUGCAGUGGAAGAAGCAUGCCAGAAUGGGAUUGGUGUUAUUGCAGAACCAGGUGGGAGCAUCAGAGAUGGGGAUGCCAUAGAUUGUUGCAACAAGUACGGGGUUUCUCUCCUUUUCACAAAUGUGCGACACUUCAGACACUAGGUGACCGAAAAAUAAUGCUCUUACCAUCACAUUUGAGUUCCCUUCUGGGUCAAAUAAAAGGGCUGAAAGAGUUCUGUGAAGGAUGGAAAUGGGCAGGAGUAUGUGAUCUGCCUUUGAUUGUAGAAACCCUGAGAUAUUUUAAUGGACCUUCCAAAAAAAAAUUUGCUUCCAGCAUAAUUUAAUUGGUUGUACUUAUCCUUGUUGAUCCAAAUCGGACGUACAAGCCAAAUUCUGCAAAAAUUUAAAUAUGUUUACCCUGCACUUAUUGCA